AUGGCGGCGCUUAUCCGGUGUUGCUCCUCCCUCGCCCAUACUUCCGGCGGCCGACCUCCGCCGCUCGAUAAAUCUCGAGGCCCAGAGAUUGGAAAGUUUUCUACAUCCAUUGGCUACUCCGUAAUCAGAAAGCCUGGGGCUCAUCAUCCUAUCUCCAAGAUUAAACAUUUGUCUACUAAGCUCAAUGAUUGUGAAGGCAAGGAAAUCUUGCAAGUGGAAACUCUCGACAAGUCGUCAGCUUUUGAGGGAAUUGGGAAGCUCAAAUUACCUGUCCUGGCAAUGUUGCUGACAAACUCUCUUCUGAUGAGUACACCACUUGAAGCUUUCGCUGCUGAGAUAUGUGAGCCAGAGAGCUCCAUGUUCAGUAUGCCAGUUUUGUCCCUUGUCGCUCUUGUUGGAGCCACUGUUGGAGGGUUGCUUGCUCGGCAGAGGAGAGGGGAGUUACAGAGGUUAAAUGAACAACUACGGCAGAUUAACGCAGCUCUUAGGAGACAAGCAAAGAUCGAGUCUUAUGCACCAGGCUUAAGUUAUGCCCCCGUGGGAGCAAGAAUCCCACCAGAGAGUGAGAUCAUUGUGGAUCCAAAGAAACACGAGUUGAUUUCCAAGUUAAAAACUGGCAAGACCUUUCUAAGGAACCAAGAGCCAGAGAAAGCCUUUGCAGAGUUCAAGAUAGCUUUGGAACUUGCCCAGAAUCUCAGAGACCCCAUCGAAGAAAAGAAGGCUGCGAGAGGCUUAGGCGCCUCGCUGCAACGUCAAGGCAAGUAUAGAGAGGCCAUACAGUAUCACUCCAUGGUUCUAGCCAUCUCCAAGAGGGAAGGAGAAGAUUCUGGAAGCACUGAAGCAUAUGGAGCCAUUGCAGAUUGUUACACUGAGCUUGGAGAUCUCGAGAAAGCCGGGAAUUUCUAUGACACCUACAUUGCCCGGUUAGAGACAGACUGA